AUUUUUAGCAUCCCUCUCCCGAGAGGCCGGAGCGGCGGGUUUCUCCCUCCAGCCCUGGAUCCCACCAGUCCAAGCAGAUUCCCAGCGGGACCAGGCACCCUCAUGCAGAGGAGGAUGGGGGAGGCAGUGGCCAGGGUGGCCAGGAAGGUGAACCACACGGUGGAGAACAAAACAGAUUCCCUGGAUCUGGCCAACUGCAAGCUGAUGACCUUCCCUGUGGGCAUCUACAAAGCCAUGAGGAGCGUCACCGAGGGGAUCCACCACAUCUCCCUGGCAAACAACGAGCUCAAGUCCCUCACCAGCCGAUUCGUCACCACCUUCAGCCAGCUGAGAGAGCUCAACUUAGCAGGCAACUACCUGCACCGCCUGCCCCAGGAGCUCACCUCCCUCCUGCACCUCCGGGCCAUCAACCUCUCCAGGAACAGAUUCCGAUGUUUCCCAGAGCCUCUGGCUGCUGUCACCAGCCUGGAGACCAUCGACCUGGAAGAGAAUGAGAUCACAGAGGUGCCAGCAGAGCAGCUGGCCUCCAUGGCAUCUCUGAGGAGCCUCAACCUGAGGGCCAACCCUGUGGGCCCUGAUCUGAGGCUGCUGGUCAAGCCCCUCGUCCCCUUCGACCUGCUGCUGUCACCAGAGGAGCCCCUCCAUGAAGCCUGAGAAGGUUUUGGGGUGCCUGGCCAGGUCUCCCCAGGGACAACUACCUGCAGGAGCGGUUUGGCUGAGGACAGUCCCUGCUAUCUGGUCCUUUUGUCCUUCAUCAAAAGCAAGGGGGCUCCUCCAGGAAGGGAUGGGUGGCUCUGCUAAGCACCCAAGCCAGGGCAUCUCCUGCUUUGGGUUUUGGGGAUGCACACGGUUUGGGGGAAAAAUUGGGGCAGCUGGAUGUUCAGCUCCAUCCCUCCCACUUGGCUGCUGCUGAGGAGCAGCCAAGGCUGGGAUGGUGGAGGACACCCCUGUGGUUCUCCUCCCUGGAAUUGCUGACCUGGUGAUGUGCCAAGUGCCUGAUUAAACGUUUUCCUGCUCCACAGGA